CAAAUUCAUUCAUUUGCAAUUUUAUAAUUCAUUCAUUACAAUUCGUCAACAAAAAGUCAAUCCAAUCCAGAAAGUUGAAGUGUCAUCUUGUACACGUAUUUUAAUGUCUUUAUAUAUUGUAAUGUAUGAAAUUUAUUGAUUCUUUAAGAUUAUAAUCUAUUUUACUUGUGAUAUAAAUUUUUAAGAUGAGUGAAGGAGAAAAACCUUUGGUGGACAAGUCGGAGAGUAGCUCAUUCGAGGACCUAGCGUCUGCGGCGGCUCAUGAAAUUGAAGAAGCGAAGUUAGCCGCGGCGACAGCUGCGGAGAAGGAAAAAUCCGCCGAGACGCAAAAAGACGAAUGGCAAGAUCUCUUAGGAUCUGGUGCACUCCUUAAAAAAAUUAUAAAAUCAGGUGAUGACUCCGAAGGUUUGCGGCCACACAGAGGCGACAUUUGCAGAAUAAGUUACGAAAUUAAAAUCAAGGACAGCAAUGAAGAUUGUUUUGAAAAGAGAGAUAACAUCAAAAUAUAUCUAGGGGACAAUGAAAUUCUUCAAGGUCUAGAUUUAGCACUGACCCUUAUGUACAAAGGAGAAGCAUGUCACCUUCAUAUGGCACCACGUUUUGGCUAUGGAGAAUCUGGAUUGAAGCCUGGAGAGAGCUUGGGUUUGAUAGGGGAAGCUGAUGGACCAAAAUAUGAUGGUUCUGUCAUAGGACCUGAUACUUGGCUGGAGGCUAAGCUUGAGCUGCAUGACUGGUCAGAAGAGCCAGAGCAUGAGACCCUUUCUAUAGCGGAGAGGAUGGAAAUAGGAAUUCGUCGUCGUAAACGCGGCAAUUGGUGGUACGGUCGCGAAGAGCCGCAACUAGCUAUACAGCUGUACCGGCGUGCACUUGAUGUGUUGGAUGAAAGCGAGGGGGGCAUCACUGAUCCCACACCUUCUGGAGAGCUGGCACAAGCGUCAGAUGCUUUGCAGGAACUGCUGGAAGAACGUCUUCGAGUGCAUAACAAUAUGGCUGCCGCACAACAUAAAGCUGGCGCUUUUGAUGCUGCGUUACAGGCCGUAACUCGAGUGCUGUCAUGCCAGCCGAAGAAUGCAAAAGCUUUAUACCGCAAGUCCCGUAUCCUGUCCGCAAUGGGCCGUAACGCGGAGGCUCUGGAGGCGGCGAGGGCGAUGGGGGGCAUUGCGCCCGCGGAUGCUGGGGCGCGCCGGCAGCUGCUGCUCUGCGAGCAGAAGGUCUCCAGAGACAGGUCCGUGGAGCGCCGCCUCGCCAAGCGUAUGCUGGGUACCGCCAGCCCUAAACCUGGAGUCGCACCGGAUAAGAAACCAUCCAGGGCUAAGAUGUUAGUGUGGGGCUCGCUGCUGCUGAGCUUGCUGGUGGGCGUUGCCAGUGUUCUGGUGUACAGAUACAAAGUGCAAGCACAUUGAUGUCACUUGCAGUACUAUGGACUUUG